AUGCAGUCUCUUAGGAGAGGGGCGGCGAUCCCUUCUCGUCUCCUUCCUCGGCGAGACAGCUGGCUGUCGCUUGCUCCCUUUGUCGGACCUAACAACGCGGCGGCGUGGCGAAAGCUCCGCGACGGGGCCCAGGAUGUGCAAAAGGUCAUCGACAGGCAAUCGACUCCCGCAAAAACCCAGCAGAUCGACUGGGCAAAGUGGGAAGGCCAGAUUGCCCACAAAGACAUCCUCCACUGCAUGAAAACCUUCUACACCAGCCAGGUCCAGAUUCUCGACCUGGCCCUCGGGGCGUUGGAAAAAGCGAGAACGCCGGCGCCCUGUGAGGGCGCAGAGAAGGGCUGGGCGCUGUAUGACGCGGCUCUGCGUGCAUGCACCAAGUCCGUGGAAAAAUCGGAGGAACUUUUGGCGAAUGGAGCGCGGGCUUUGUGGGUCUCUUGCAACAACCCGCCAGUCUGGAAAGUCAACACCAACGAGUGGCUGGACAGUGACCAGUACUGGCAAGCGUUCGUGGAAAAGCAUCACUUUUACUCCCAGUACCAACCGGGCGUCGCCGAUCCCGAGGCGCCUCAGGAGAUCGAGGCCUUCAAGCAGUCGUGGCAUUCGCGCAUGAGCAAAUUCAACGACAGGAGCGACACGCCGAUGCUCUACGCGUAUAUGAAUGAACUGCCCUCGUGGGAGUACUACGAUCUCCACCGGAGCGCGUUCCUCGAGCACAUGACGUACUUCCUGGUUCGCACCGGCGGCGAUUUCCGCUUUUUCCCGGAGAUGCCGCCGUGGCAGUGGUUGGCGCACAUUGAAAAUCUGCGCUUCAAACUUCUCUCCGUGGCGCAGAGCCGCCGGUCGCAGCUGCAGCUGGCGAACUUGGAGCGGGAGCGCGCUCUCGACUUUCUGCCGGUAGACGUCGAGCACCACGGAGAAGAGUACACGCAGAAGUUCCUGCAGUUCGAGACCGACCUGUUCCAGGCGUGUGCCGCGCGUCUGAUGGGCCACUUCAUGUUCCUGUGCGAUCCCUUCGUCCCCGUCCAGAGUGCCGAAGCGCUGAGCGCAGUGGCCGAGAUCGACGGCGGAAAGGGGAAACUCUUCUCCCUCGGCGAGGACGUCAACGCCCUCUUCUACCUCCCGGAACAACAGAAACGCGACGUUGCAAGACCCAGCCAAGCAGUCCACGCGCUCCUGAGUCACCUGGAAGCAACCGGCCGCCCCUUCAACCCGUGCUACAGCGAACUGCUCCACGUCCACGCGGAGGUCCUCGAGGAAAGAGGCGAGCACUGGUUGACGGCGCCGGGCGAGUGCACGUCCCAAGCGUUCCUCCGUCGCCUGCGUACAGAUGACCCCGCUUUCGAAGUGUACUGCUCGUAUUUCAAGGAAAUGUACGAGCGCUUCGCCGCAGCGACGGAAGUUUCGAUGGAGGAAGGACGCAAGCGCCUGGCAACCAUCGCGAAAAACGCCCAAGAAGAAGCGGAUGCGUACGGCCUCGCCCUCCGCACGAUGGGCUCCACCGAAAUGGCGCAGAAGGCUCGCGAAGGCGCAGCGAAACUCGAGCAGCUGAGGGAGGCGCAGAAAGCCGCGACGGCUGGACAAGCCGAAGCAGUCAAGGACAGCAAGAUGUGA